GCAAUGACACAUUGUGCAAGGAAGGAGCGGCCCGAUCAACGGAGAGUUGAGGUUAUUGCAGCGGUUGCAAACAUUUCUCACACGACGCCCAUGAAAUGACCAACGGCAGCCCUCAUCAUCGCCGCCGUCUCGCCGUCGUUCUCAGUCGCCGCAGCCCGACUUUUCCUUAUUACUCGGCCCCGCCGCUGUUGCUCCUGCCUAUCUCCCUCUGAGUCCCCGUCUGGGUCUCCUUUCAUCGACAUGGACACCGUUCAGUACAAACUAUCUCUCCCAUCGUCGACUGCGACUUUCCGUGCUAAUCGCUAUAAGCCACGGCAUCGUACCCCUACGCAUGCCGGUACCCCUGGUCUCGUUCUGAUAUGCGCCCAUGGCGUUCCCGGUGUCAAAGAACUAUAUGAGCCUAUCUUGCUACGGCUUUUCGCCCACGACGAGCACAAUCGCCUGGCAGGGUCACCGCUGCAGAUUAUCGAAGCAUGGGCAGUUGACGCGCCUGAAGGCGAGGACUCUAACACGAUGACAUACGCGCACGCCCUCGCUGCUCUCCGACAAAGCAUAUUCCUAACCCACGUCGAUGCGUACGGGGGAAUGCACCGCGUCAUUCUGAUUGGCUGGGGAGACGGCGCGAAUGCUUGCAUUCUCUCAUCAGAUUUUUUCCCGCCAGGAGAUCCAUCGCCCUACGAGGGAAUGGUUCUCGUUGAUCCUGCCAUUUACGACGACGGCGAUGCGCCUCCUCCUCUUGCCCCUUCGGAAUUGGAAUGGGAUUCGCCCGACCACGCGCGUGUAUACCUCUCUUCACACAAGCCAUGGGCCAGUUGGGACGCGUGGAUGAGGGAUAUCUUCGUCAAGAACUCUCUGAUACGUCUCCCUGACAAUGGCGUAGCGCUAAAGAGCCCAUACCGACCUGGAAAAUAUUCCGCAGCCCCCUUUUCUUUCCUCCCUUGCCAUGCACCCUUCUCAUGGGUCGUCUGGAGUGAGACGCCGCGACUGACGCAGUUCCCGUUCGCAGGAACAAGGUUUUCAGACGGAGGAGUUUAUGAAUCACCCGUCAAAGUUGCCAAUGCGAUCUACGCUGCCCUUGAGGGCAUGGGCGAGAUGUACGAUUUGAUCGUACCCGUCGAGGGAAAGCUCUGAUAUAGGUCAGAGAGUUAUUAAUGUUAAGAUCUAAGAAGGCUACCGGUAUAAUCGUUCUUCGCUUGUCAGAACCCUCGACGCGGGAACUCGCGCAGUUAUAUUUGUGUGGAUGAAGGCUGUCUGAAAUCUGGUCGGAAAUUGGCGUCGCUUUCCUCAUCACCGCAUCCAGCGUCAAGUUUGUCGGUGAAGAUAUCAGCACACUGCGUUUACUUAUGUUGAGAGCUGUGAUUAUCGUGCUAGCGCUAAAUCCCGAGGGAACCGAUUAAUCCUAUCGAAUAUGAUGAUCUAAAUGAUGAUUACGA